GUAUUCGCUUGCGCCACAAAAAAAAAAAGAAAAAAGAAGAAAAACACAGAAGAAGAAAUAUUCUAGAAGCAUCUGAUCAAUUUUGUAUUAUUUCAUACAAUUACUGAUAAACCCACCUCUCUCUCUCUUGAAGCUUCUAGGGUUUUUCUAUCCUCUAUCUUCUCUUCCAUUUCAAUCAAUAGCACCAUCCCCACAAGACCAAAACAGCGACAGUCCUUGGUUCUCUCUCUCUCUCUCUCCACAAAUCUUCAGAUCAAUCUCGGUCCCCCAAGACCAGAAAUGGCAACCGUUCAGUUGAAUGCAUCAGCAAUUUCUGCCAAGACUUUGCCUUCUUUCCAAGGGCUAAGGCCUUCAACGGUCAGGGUCUUCUCUGUUGCGCCUUUGAGAAAGAGUGGUGGUCUCACUCAGAGGUCCUUCCGCGGCCUUGUCGUCAAAGCUGCCACUGUUGUCGCUCCUAAGUACACUUCACUUAACCCCCUGGGUGACAGAGUGUUGGUCAAGAUUAAGACUGCUGAGGAGAAGACUGGAGGUGGUAUCUUACUGCCAACAACAGCACAAACAAAGCCUCAAGGAGGUGAGGUGGUUGCUGUUGGAGAGGGUCGGACAAUUGGAAAGAACAAGGUGGACAUCGGCAUAAAGACUGGUACUCGGGUGGUGUAUUCCAAGUAUGCUGGGACCGAGGUAGAGUUCAAUGGAUCCAAUCAUCUCAUCCUGAAGGAGGAUGAUAUUGUUGGUAUUCUUGACACAGAUGAUGUUAAGGACAUGAAGCCCUUGAAUGACAGAGUUCUAAUCAAGGUUGCUGAGGCUGAGGAGAAAACAGCUGGAGGCUUGUUUCUGACCGAGGGAAGCAAGGAGAAACCAUCCAUUGGCGCAGUAAUUGCUGUAGGGCCCGGUCCUCUGGAUGAGGAAGGUAACAGGAAAUCAUUAUCAGUUUCCCCAGGAAACACAGUUCUCUACUCAAAAUAUGCAGGGAAUGACUUCAAAGGAGCUGAUGGUUCUGAUUACAUAGCUUUGAGGGCAUCUGAUGUGAUGGCUGUGCUUUCAUAGUUGUCUGGCUGUACGUGCUUUUGGUUUAUCAUAUCAAAGUUUGAAACAUGAGGGACAUCGUGUUUGCUAGUUAGUGAUUGUGCUCCCAUUUGUAACUGUUAUGCGAUAUAUGCCCUGCCCAAUUGAGUUUUGUGGUGAAUGCUUGCUAUCUGUGUGUGUGGCUUUGGCUCUACUGGUUGAUAGACAUUUAAGUCUCCUGAAAACACGAACGCUAGUAGUGUUUCUCAUCUGCUUAGGUUUUUGAGUUGCUGUUUGGAUUUGAAUCAUAUACUUCAUUUUGCAAUUUUAGCAAACGUGAAUGACAAAAUGAAAUUGGGGCCCACUGAAAUCAAACUGUUUGGA